AACACGAAACUUUUCCUCACAGAUCUCCAACUUCUAUCUCGCUUCAAGGCUUCCAUAGACGGGAAUCCCGAUCCCGAGAGUCGUUUUAUGAAACACUGGGUUCCGCUGUCCAUCAAGGAUCCCCUUCUGCUUCAGAUAGUGCUCUAUACGGCAGUAUGCUUCCUCAAAGAGACGGGCCGUGUGCCCAAGAUGCUUGUCUGGGCCUACAAAGGCGUGGUCCACCGUAUGCUCAACGAGCAACUAAGCUCUACCAGAACCCAGACAGGCGAUGCUGCCAUCAUGGGGGCCGCUCAGAUGGUCAUGGAUUCGUGGUACUGGGGGACCACUGAAGAACUACGUGCCCACAUGGCGGGCCUCAAGACCAUGAUCAAAAUGAGGGGCGGCCUCCAGGACCUCGGAAUGGGUGGUUUUCUAGCCAAAACCGUGCUCAUUCACGAUAUUGCCAUUGCCAUUGCUCAUGACAUCGAGCCUGAUAUCUAUGGUCAGCCUGGAUUUGAAUUUCGUGAUGAUUUCAUGGUGCCCUAUCAAACUUCCUUCAAUUCCCCCUUCCUGUCUGGCUGGCCACACUUUGUCGACCCGGGAUCAGCGUUAAAACUUCAUCGAAGCUCUGCCCAGAUCCUGGACGAUGUACGACUCAUUAUACAGACGGUAGAAUCCCUUCCCCCAUCACCAACCGCGCAAGAGCUGCAGAAUGUGACAGACUUGGCUUUGUGGGCGCUAAAUAAGCUGGAUCGGAUGCCGGAAAACAUCCCACUCUACGAAGAAAAUGAGGGGACCGGUCAUCCGGCCGACGAGGGUGAUGACUGCAUGUGGGAGACUACCGGAUACGAGGGGGCGGGUACUUCCCCAGCAAGCAGCUCCGACUACGAUACCUCCUCGCCUAGGAGCCCGUCUAGCAACGGCUCGCCACCUGCCCCUGUUGAAGAGAGCGCGAGUGCUCGGCUGGCCAGAACCAAGAAUGACGCCAUGUAUCGCUGUAUCCGUGUAACUGCCUCGGUCUACUACCGCGCCAUCAUUGCUCGGGUGCCCACUACUGAAAUUCUGGGAGAAACUGAUUUCCUGAGGCUUUGGGAACUAGUCUGGGAGGUGACAGUGCCGUUUUGGAAGACGGCUGUCGGCGUCUUCAUCUGGGUCAUGGCAGCAGCCGUGCCGAGCUGCCACAAUUCACCGCCCGCACGAUUCAUCAAGACUUUGUCUGUCGUAGGCUGGAUGACCAUUGGGUUGGAAAACUGGCACGUUGCCAUCAACGCGGCAAAUACAGCCCUGGGCCUUCAGCGCUGGCUCCGAGGA